AUGCAUGCCAUGUUCCCGAGAGCGUUAGUGGUGAAAGGGAUCGCAAAGCCAUUGGACUUCGUCAUCUGGUAUAGAAACGAUACGGAAGUGCUGAAUUACGACCAGACUAGCAACAUGGAGAAGAUCGAGACGAGGCUCAUGGCGCUGGAGAACGGGUCGUUGAGCCAAUUGACGAUCCGAGAUGCAACGUUUUCCGACACCGGAAACUACACUUGUUCCGCACCGAAUACGGAUCCUGUGCGGGUUCAGGUCUACGUGUCUGAAGGUGAUAUCCAAGCUCCGGUGCAGCGGAAAAGCUCCGCAUCAGGUGAUAACGGCGUCCCGGUCCCGCUGGCGUUGGUCGCCGCCAUGGCGGCCUUGUUCCAAGCCGUCGCGAGGUGAGCGGCCGACGACGGAAUUGCCCGCCAAAUCGUGUCCCUGGCGGACCAUCGUCAAUGUCAUGCCACAGGUUCUGACCAGCCUGCUGCGCUCUAUCUGCAAAUUCUUCUCCCUCCCUCUCGUGCUUCUCUCUGCUGCGCAUCUUUCACGAAACUAUUGGCAAGCACUUUGUCUUCCGGCGACAGAGUCUGCGCAGAAGCCUGAUUUGGCUGGACUGUAACCCGCAUGAGACGUGUCACACCCGUGGAAUGUCUGCUUGUCAACCUCAUCAUCCCUUCCAAAGAUUUACUAGGGCUUCGGGUUGGGAUGUGUUGGAGAUGCAUGCAGAAAAGUGGCCGAGUGCUGAUCGCCGAAGUCUUCAGUCGGAUGAUGAGCUCGAGGCUUGGGAGAUUCAUGCGUUGCUAUUUUUUGCAUCGUCAAGCCAAAUGUGGCGCCAUUUUGGGGGAAAUGCGUCGAAAUUCUCAAUGAAAGUCCCGUUAUUCGGUUGUUACCCGUUUACGUGGCGCUGGCAAUGCAUUGGGCAGAGCUGACGAGCGUUGAUGCCGAUGUUUUUGCGAAAGCUGGUUUUCUUGCCAGAUUUCGGAAGCUCCUGCUAAUGUGGACUUCUCGUUGUGGCAGUGCAAAAUUUGGCAGGUUGGGACAAGAACACCAUGGUUAGAAAACUAACUUUCAAGUUUUUAUGCCCCGAUAAGUAGAUAAAAUAAUGCCCUGCCGUCUGUUCCAUGUUGUUCAUUUAUCGUUUGUUGAAUGCCCUCGUGCAUAAAUUUGCCGAUUUGUUAAAAAAAAGGACAUUGAUUGCGUACCUUUUAUUGCGAUUUCGCUUUCUUAGAUUUAAAAGCAUUCCGAUGCCUUUUGAACUGCACUUCAGGCAACUGAAUUUCGUGUCAAAGGCUGUUUAAGAUUCAUAGGAUGAAAUCCACGUAUUUGCUUACAAUUAUCUCAGAGUUGAUUGCUUCCCCACUGAAAUCUGCGACAAAGUUUCAUAAUGAAUUGCCGAUUAUCUCUCUUUGGUUUUCUUGUCCUCACUAUCUGAAUUUUGCGGUUCGAGAAUUGCUCAUUCGCAGGGGGGGUCAAUUUAAACAAAACAACAAGAUGCCAGUGACCUAAAUAUUUUUGACCGCGUUCCGGGGUUGCAUCCAAGGAGCGUUCUCGCUGAAUGCAGAUGCAUCACUAUUUUAAUGUGAGAACGAGCUUAAAGGUCUGUUAUAAAAAAAUGUUUCAAGAUGAUGUGUGAGGGUGCGAACGCACAUCUUAUUUUCUAAUGAACCACGAUCCGAUAUUCGAAGUGUGGAGUACCUCGAACUUGAUACCAUCCUGCACAGAAAAAUUUGAUUUGAGUUUUUUUCGCAUGACUUACGCGCG